AUGUCGAAGAUAGAAGAUCAACAACUGGCUACUAUUUUUGAUAUGGGAUCAAGUGCAAUUUCGUGGCGUAGCAAGAAGUAUGCAAACAUGGGUUUGUCUAGUAUCGAAGCAAAGUAUCGUGUUGCAAUAAUGGCUGCACCAGAAGGAAAUGUUGAUUUUAGAACUAAUAAUUUCAUUACAGGUCAUCUCUCGUCGGGAAUAUUUGAUCACCUUCCUAAAUUACGAGCACUAAGUUUGACAUGGAACCAGAUUUCCGGUAGAAUUCCUAAUAGUUUAUUCAAAUGCAAAGAAUUGGUGUAUUUAUCCUUGCAUAACAAUUCUUUGGAGGGAAGUUUGCCCAUAGAGAUCGAAAAUUUGAUUAUGCUCAACAAAUUGUCUCUCUACAGGAACAACCUCGAAGGUUUCAUUCCUUCCUCAAUCUUUAAUCUUUCUUCGUUGCAAGCAAUUUCACUCGGAUUAAACAAGCUCUCCAGUCAUCUCUCACCAGAUAUGUUUGAUCACCUUCCUCGAUUACUAUAUCUUAAUAUGAUUGGGAGUCAACUUUCUGGAAGAAUUUCAACAAGUUUAUUCAAGUGCAAAGAGUUAGAAUAUCUAUACUUGUCUUCUAAUCAAUUGGUGGGGAAUAUGCCUUCAGAAAUUGGGAAUUUUACUUGGCUUAAACAUUUGUUCCUCGACCAGAACAAAUUUGAAGGUUCCAUCCCUUCAUCACUCUUCAACAUUUCUUCAUUGCAAGUAAUCGAACUUAAAUUCAACAAGCUUUCAGUAGGUCAUCUCUCAUCGGAUAUAUUUGAUCACCUUCCUAAUUUACGAUGGCUUGAUUUGAGUGGGAGUCAAAUUUCUAGAAGAAUUCCAACAAGUUUGUUCAAAUGCAAAAAGUUAGAACGUACAUACCUGGCUUAUAAUCAAUUGGAGGGGACUGUGCCUUUAGAAGUCGCCAAUUUGACUUCACUUAAGGUAUUGGAUAUCGACAGGAACAACUUGAACGGAAACUUGGAUCAGCUACAAGUUCUUGUCUUGAGAUCGAAUAGAUUUUAUGGUCUAGAUAACUCCAAAGUUACAUCUUCCUUCACUCAUUUACGUGUCAUUGAUCUUUCUCACAAUCACUUCAGUGGAUAUUUACCGACGAAAUUUUUUGAAAAUUUGCAUGCCAUAAGGGAAGGCUAUGAAAAGAAAGUUAAGCCAGAGUACAUGAUCGAUGCAUCGGCUGACGGAAUUGCUUAUCAUAUUCAAAGUGUAUCUUUUACAGCAAAAGGGUUGGAAACAGAAUUUCAGGAAAUAUUAACCACUUGGACGGUGAUCGACUUUUCGAACAAUCAAUUCAUGGGGCAAAUUCCUAAGGCAAUUGGUGAACUUCAUUCACUAGUAGUCCUCAACCUGUCUCACAAUAGUUUAACAGGUCCUAUCCCACCAUCUUUAGGCGAUUUGUCAGAGCUUGAAUCAUUGGAUCUCUCAGCGAAUAAGCUCGAAGGAGAAAUUCCAGCACAGUUAAAAAUCUUUUAUUUUUAG